GGAUGUUCUGCCUCUUUCAUCUUGUAUGAAGCACAAAGAAGCUGCAGUUAGAUAAAGCAGUGCCACGUGCCAGUUCAGCUUUCGAUGAAAACAUGCCUCAUGCCAAGGAUGGGUUAUGCAAGUCCUUACGUCUGUUUCAGUGCAGCAAUUUUUCUUACUUUAAUCUUAACAGUAGGGCCUCCAGUUCCUUAGGUUUUUGUUAACUCCUGUUCUUAUGCCUCCUAUAAGGCAGUGCAUGUGCUACCAGUUAUUUUUAGCAUGGAAAAAUUUAAGAGCCCACGUGGUCCCAUUUAGUUUGAACCAUGCCAGCCUGUCCAGUUCUCUUUCACCCAGAUAGUAUUUAUUUCCCAACUGCUGCUUCACUAACUACAGGGUUUAUCUGAAGGCAUCCUGGCCUUGCUGUUGAAGCUGCAUUUCCAAUUUGCUCUGUGAUCCUUUAGGACGGGCUUUAAUUCCAGCCUUGAUUUCCUCAGCUUUCAGAGUCUGGAAACCUCUCAAGUGCAGGGGCAGAGGGAAGCGGAGGAGCCAGGACCGGCUGAGGGUACGUCCCUGCAGAGCAUGGGGGUUCAGUCACUUGGCAGUCAUCCUGGCCUCUCUCCUGGUGGAGAUUCAAAGCAGCUCGGCUUCAGAACAGACCUCCUUGUGUGUAGAAAACCCUGAAAUUCUGAGCAAGUGCUUGCUGAACUCGUCUUGGACCUGGAGAAUGAAUUAUCUGGCGUCCCUGGGAACCUCGUGCUGCAAACAUUUCUGACCUUAUAAGGCUGUGAGUGCUGAGGGCUCUGUGUCCUGGCCAGGAGACAAGGUGGCUUAGAACUGCUCUGGGACCCUAAUGUAAAUUAGCAGAGUGAACUGGCUGCCCUUGGCUUUUUUCUCAGGUGUAACUGCUGAAGCUCUGUAAGAUGGCUUUACGCUUCCGCAAUUUCGUCCCGUAUGCCAUUCCUGGAGUGCUGGCACUUCUUGGCUGCUGGUGGAUCUAUUCCUGGAGAAAAAAACACUCAGGCUAUCGCAACAAACAAGCAAUAGCUAUUGAAAGGGAGAAGCGGGAAGAAGUGUCAGAGAGUGAUUCAUGUCCCAAACCAGAAGCAUGUGUUCCUCAAAGACUGCCUCCUUUGUUGGAAGAGGUGUGCCUGGAGAAGCCAGCCCCGACCUCCCUGCUGUCCGCAGGACCAAUGACGCCCUCUCUCCUGCACCCAGCUGACGAGGGGCCGGAUCUCUCACGGGACCUCCCAGACCUGUCUGCAGCGACAGCUGGGCCUGGCACCCGUGAGGACGACAGUGAGCAGCUGGAAUCAAUAGGAUCUCGAGGGGGAAGCGGUGUCCCUGCUUGUGCUUCACUCCCUCUGCUCGCUGAGAGCACGGAGUGUGACCGGAACGCGGUGCUGAGCCACACACUGGGACAGGGCUUGGGGGCAAAGCAAGGCCAGCAGCCACUCCUGACACAGGAGCCUUUGGGAGCCAGGGAGGGCAUCUGCAACACAGAGCAGUCGGAUGAGUCUUCGUUUAAGCCCCCUAAGGAGAAGCAGAUGUCAGGAAUUGUGCAGUCAGAUAGUGGCUCAGUGACAGCCUGUUGCUUGGGAUUGGAGAAAGAAGCCAAUGCCCCACAAGCCUUUCUCAGUGAAGCUGAAGUUGUAUCAGGUCACAAGGAUUCUGCAGUGAGUGCGUUACCAGUGAGUUCAGAGUCUGCCUGUCCAAAGCAGUCCAGGGAAGAGGAGAUGUCCAAGUCAAUCACUGGUACUAUACCAGUGUGUCAGAAGGACACACAUCCAAAAGGAGAUGAGUUGGAAAGAGAAAAGAUUGAAGUGAGUUUGGACAAGGAAGUUGAGAAAAUUGAGCAAGUAGCAAUACAGAUAAUUUCCAAGGUCAUUUUGGCAGCAACUGAGGAAGUGCUGUCAGGUUCUGUAGGCAGUACAUCUCCUUGGCUCUGCCAGGCCACUGCCAGCCAAGCUGAGGCUCCUCUGGGGAUGGAGAGUGUUGCUGCCUCUGGUCAGGAGCUUGUGGAAGGAGCCACGGCAGCCGAUGUGAGCGUGGCUGCGGGGAGCAGUGCAGAGGAGCAGGGCCAGGGUGCAACAGAUUGUUCAUCACAUGGCUGUUGGGCCAGCCCUGUUCAGGGAAACACAGAGGACUGUCAGGUGAAGAGCUGGGUGUGUGGGGAGUCCCAAGGAGUUGAUCGGACUCGUGUGGAGAACUCUCUGGAAGAGUCACCUUUUACCAUGGAGGACUCUGGGUAUGGCACACACACACCUGGAGGUGGGACGAGUGUGGAGGAGCCCCUGCAGAGCACAGUGCUGUCUGUCACAUCAGACCAGCACUCGGACUCACUGAGCACAUCCUCAGCCCCAGACACAUCUGCUGAGCAGAGCUUGGUACCAAGGGAACCCCCCUCUGCUCCAGGGCUGCCUGAGGGCAGCACAGUGCCCUACAGCAAUGGGAUUCUGAAAGAGGAUGGGCCAGACCUGAGUCAGGAGUGCAGCAGUGCGCCAGGGACGGAUGGAGAUCACUCAGAAGGUUCAGAUGUAAAUAGUGUGGAUUUUGUGGACAGUGGCAGUGCCAUGAGGAAGACAGUGGCUCGCCAGAACGCGAAGCUGGAAGGAGGAUCCAGCAAGCCAGACUUCGUUAUCUGGGAAAUCGAGGUCCCAAAGGAAUUAGUUGGCCGCUUGAUUGGCAAACAGGGGAGGUUUAUGAGCUACCUGAGGCAAGCGUCUGGUGCCAAAAUUUAUGUCUCAACACUACCUUACUUCCGUGACUCCCAGGUCUGUCACAUCGAAGGGACCUCACAUCAAGUAGAGAAAGUCCUGAGCCUGAUUGGCAAGAAGUUCAAAGAGCUGUGUCUCACCAACAUCUACACCCUCCCUCCGCCGAUGCCACUGCCACUUCACUCCCUGCUCGUGUCCGCCUGGCUGUUCCUCCCUGAUGGAGUCACUGUGGAGGUGGUGGUGGCACACCAGGUGGAUGCAGGGCACAUGUUCCUGCAGCAGCACACACACCCCACGUUCCACGUGCUGCGCAGCCUCGACCAGCAGAUGUUCGCCUGCUACUCUCAGCCCGAAAUUCCAACCCUGCCCACUCCGGUAGAAGUUGGUAUUAUCUGUGCAGCUCCAGGCCUGGAUGGGGCAUGGCUCCGGGCUCAAGUCAUCAGCUACUUCGAGGAGACCGAUGAAGUGGAGCUCAAAUACGUGGACUAUGGAGGAUAUGAUAAAGUGAAGGUUGACACACUCAGGCAAAUCAGGUCUGAUUUUUUAACACUACCUUUCCAAGGAGCAGAAGUUUUACUUGACAAUGUGGUGCCGCUUCCAGAUGAGGAUCACUUUUCCCCUGAAGCUGAUGCUGCUGUCAGUGAGAUGACCAGAGGUGCUGUCCUCGUAGCACAGGUCACAAAUUAUGACAGUGUCACAGGGCUGCCACUGAUACAGCUGUGGAGCUUGAUGGGAGAUGAGGUGGUGUCAAUAAACAGGACUCUGGUGGAAAGAGGGUUUGCUCGGUGGCUCGACUACUAGCAAUGUCCUAGAUGCCUUGACAACUCUUUCUGCAGAGAAAAAACAGAAGACAAAAUCUUGUUUUGCACUGUUACAAUUCGGUUUGGCAACUUCCCUGGAGGAGAGCCGUUCACGCCUGCCUUCGGAGUUUUGUGGUCCAUUGAAACACCUUUUGCUCAACUGUUACCAUUUCACUAGAACAGAUACCUCAUCUCCUGAAAGGGGGUGUUCAAAGCCAUAAUGACAGAUACUGUAGCUUUAAAGCAAAAAAUCCUCCCUGGCCUCUGCUCAAAAUUUAAAUGGAAAAAAUCUACAAGCCUUGGGGGUGGCUCAAGGCAAAGGCCCCCGAAAUGGUAACCACGCUUUGGUUCCGGCCGUGUCACGCCCCACAAACUCAGUGCCUGCUUUUCCCAAAAGUUACAUCGGUUGUCCUCUUUUUAACAGGCCCUGCCUAUGAAAUUAAUGAAUGUUAUUAAGGAAUUUAAUGUUCAGUUAUGGAUUUUUCUGUAUUGUGCCAGUAACCUGCACAAACAGCAUCCAUCUUGUGUCUUCCUUGUGCCGGGAGGUGGAAGAGUUGCGUUCUCAUGUCUCACUGCAAUCAUGGAUUUUAGGCUUGAUCUGCUCUCCCUGCAGGGGCUUGGAGUGCAGGAUGUUACCACUACAAUUUUUGCUCUGACAUGUCAUGUAUUUAAAGAAAAGAAACUGCUUGCCAAGCCCAAUUGUAGUUUAUAUUUUUCUAGCUGUGCAAGUCUGUAAAUAUAUAUUAAAAAAAAUCAUUGUAAUAUUUUGUACAAGAAAAACACUGGAAACAAAGGGAACUUUACAGUAACUUUUUCACACCAAAAUGUCCUAUUAGGUAGAACUGAUCUGGAGUUCAUUAGGGUAGCCAAAUUAUUUGGAGCAUCUGAAUGUUGGGAGUGUUUCAGCUCUGCUGUAUGAGGAUUAGUGUCCCCUUAGGUUGCUGUCUGGUUGGAAUUGUGAUUGCUGCAUCCUUUGCUAUGUUGCUGUACAGAUCUGUUUAAAAAAAAAAAAGUAACAACUUGGCAUUACUCUUGCAGUGGUGUUCUCUCUCAAUUUUUUUUUUGUUGCUUCUUUUUAGAUUUCUGUUAUGUAUUUAAAAUUUUGCUCAAGUAAUUUAAGCUGACUUAAUGCUCUUAAAGACAUGCCCUCUAAUGUUAUCAUUUUAGAUAUGGAUUGAGCUGGGAUUUAUUGCUGGCAGAGGAGACACUUGCCAGAAAUUGUUGAUGUAGUCAGUCCUCAGAGCUGCUUCAGGUGUUUCAAGGAUGUGCUCACAUCCUGUGAGCUGACACACCAGGGCAUCACACAUUUGGACAGUGGCCUACACCAGCCUCUAGUCUAAUCCCCUCUGCUAGGGAAUGGUUAUAUCCUUUCUUGGAGUUCCCUCCUAUUCAAUGCUGUGAUUCAAUGUUCAUGUUUGCAGUAACAUCCAAGGAAAAUGAAAUUGGGUAACUCAGAUCUAUAAAAAAUAUAUCCUUUUGGAAUGUUUCUUUCCAUUUCAAUUAAAGCUCGAAUUUUAAGCCGUCUUAGUGAAA